CCGUAUACAACAUUUUUGUUGCGACAGUGGAGUCUUCUCAUAAUCGAAGUUUGUGUUUCCCAGCCGGGAUCAUUGCCAGCUGAUAUCGUCGAAUACGUAGUUUCUUUGUUUGAAGUGGUUAACGUCUGGUGAUGCAGAAGUCGUAAUAUGCACACCUAAUAUUUAAUAUCGUUGAUGAAAUCGAAUAUCCAUACAAUGUCUUCGUCCAGCCAGUGUCCAAUUUGUGUGGAAUCGUAUGACGAUCCAAACAAUAUUUGUAGUACAAUAUGCGGCCAUGUCUUUCACAAUUCAUGCCUAUUAGAAUGGCUGGAACACUCAGAUACAUGUCCUAUGUGCAAUAGAAGAAAUCCAGCACCCCACCGAAUUUUUAUCGAUCUCAGAGUCGAUCAAAACAAUUCAAAUGAAAAGCCAGCCAAGUUGGUGAUUAAAGGAAUUCCACCACUACUACUGGAAGCUCCGUUUUUCAAACCCGUAUUGGAAUUGAUGAGCGUAAUGCAAGUACAUAUUAGCGAAUCAGACAUAAAGACAGUUACAAGAAUAGCCAAUACACUGCAUGUGACCUUCCGGCAGGUCGAACAUAUGGAAGCGGUACUGAAAAAUAAGCACAAACUGAAGAAGAAUCCAACUACAUCAGCCAUAGUUAUCCAUGAAGUUGUCGAUCCUGAGGUAAAGGCUUUAUUCCAAUACAGCCACAAAUUGAAGAGGAUAGGCUAUAAAAUCUUUUUCAUCAGAGAUAAUAAAGUAUUUGUUAAGAAAGAACAAACUGACAGUGAAAUUGAAAUAUCUUCCAAAGAGACAGUGAACAGAAUUUACGAUGGCAACAGAUGGAACACACCAAGCGCGCCUUCGUUAUAUGCUAUAUCAAGUUCGACUUCUAACCAAAUUCCUGUUGAAUAUAAUAAUGAGGUCCAUCGAUAUAUUAAUGAUAGUGAUUAAAAUUGUCUAGUUUUAAGAGUUUGAUUAUCCAUUACAGUAUACCAUAACGUUUUAUAUUUAACUCGUUGACAUUUAGAAAGCAUUCAUAAACUGAGGGAAUGUAGAAAUGCUCGUACAAUUGCAUUUAUAACAAACAUUUAUGUGUAGCUUAUUUGUUUAUAUGCGUGGAACUAUCAAAUAUGUGGUAGGAGCUAAAAAAAAAUACACGUGUUUUCCGAAACGAGUAAUUUUUGGAUAGUAUAACAGGUAGAUAUGGCUGCAUAUGGUCAUAUAUUUUACUGAACUCUAUGUUACGAAGAGAUAUGUACUAUUUUUAUUACACAUAUGAGUAAACCAUUGACCAAACCAUUUCUAAAAUAAAAUCAAUUAAUUCUUUAAAAAUAUCCAACAAGGAACUAUUUCCUGAUGAUAAACUUUUAGAAUCGAUAAUUUGUAAAUAAAAUGAAUAUAAAUUACAA